GAGAGAGAGGUCUUGAGUCUGCCAGCAGGGAUUCUGCUGGUAUGUGCCACUGUAGCAUUAGGAUUCUAUUUACGUUAGAAAAACUACAUUUUGAACUGAAGUGUUCCAACUACAAACUGACAUUUGCGUUACCAUGGUUACUAACGCAUGCAGUCUGUAUUAACUCCAGUUGGGGGCGAACAUUUCAAAGAUUUGUGCAGUGAACACAGCAUCACUCAGGUAGCAAGCAAAAGGUGUAGACCCUGAGCGGUGGAUAGAAGCUACCCAUCCAGUUACUUAUACAAAACGUCUUUCACAGCCGAAGACUUACGAUUAUGAAAAUAUGGUCGUAAAAACUAGAAAACAAAACGUGAAGGAUCAACCGCCGCAGGCCAACGUCAACGACAGAGACAGGAGUCCGCUUGUAUCGCCAGGAACCGGGAAAAGUAGACGAUCAGGCAAAGGAACCUCUUUCAACAGCUUGCUUCACAAUAAGAAUGGACUAUUUCCUGGGUUUUCAUUAAUCAGAAGUAAGCUUGGCCUUACUCCGUCUGCUUUUGUGAAACUUGGAAUCACUCUGGUUCUUGGUAAGUGUCACACAACAACACAUCUACAGUAGCUAGCUAGUUAGCUACAAGUACUGUAACUAUGUUGCUAACGUAGCUGUUAGCUUACGUUAGCUAGCAAACUGUAGCGUACGCUAGUUUGCUAGCUAAUGCUAGCUCACAGUGCACAACCACAACGACAGCUAACGUUUCUGAGGUUGCUAUCCCAGGCUGUGCCAUGGUCAUUGGUGGCUAUCAAAUUAUGCUAGCCAAUUUAACGUUACUGUAGUUAGUUAACGGUAAUUAUAUUAUUAACUAGUUAGCUAACUCAUAAUAGAACCAUGAUUAAACCCCACAACUUUCCUAAUAUCAUUAACUAGUUAUAUUUAUCUGUUUCUCUGUCUCUUCUUCAUAGCUGCUCUGACUGGGUAUUUACAUUGGUAAGUAGCUAACCUCGUGUCUAACAACAGUUCAGGUCAUUGACAUGUACUUCAAAGUCUUGAAUGUGUCCUGUGUACAUUGAUUGUAGAUAACUAACGUUAGCUAGCUAACUAGAUAUCCCUAAAGCCUAUUUGUUGUUUGUGUAGGUACCAUCUCUCACGCCUCUUUGAGAAUGACAGACACUUCUCACAUCUGUCAGGACUGGAAAAGGAAAUGGCAUUUCGGACAGAAAUGGUAAGUCUUGUGUUGUUGAAAGAUGACAGAAGAAGAAACGAAUUAAAUAAUGAUGACCUAUUCUAUAUGAUUGUGUUUGAUAAGGUGUCUUGCAAAAUCUUAGAGCCUUGUUUCUGUAGCAGGCCAUGAGCCAAUACCUGAUCAGGGCUUUUAUGUGGGAAUUUAAUCAAUUUGUUAUAUGAUCCUGUUCUAGGGCUUAUACUACUCCUACUUCAAGACCAUCAUUGAGGCCCCAACUUUUCUCAACGGCCUGUAUCUGGUCAUGAACGAUCGGCUUACAGAGUACCCACUGGUUAUAAACACACUGAAAAGGUUCAAUCUCUAUCCAGAGGUAACAUUUGUGGAAAUGGACAUCCUUGGCAUUUAAUUGGACAACAGACUUUGUUGAGGGUCUUCAUGCUGAAAUCCUUCCUCCACUGCUCUCUAGGUUGUCCUGGCCAGCUGGUACAGAAUCUACACAGAUAUAAUGGAAUUCUUUGGACUCCCCACCAAGAUGUGUUGGUCCAUCAAUAGAGGAGAGGGUAUGGCUGCAGUGGACGGCUGUGAAGGUACCAAUGCAGUCUUGUUUGACCUGAACACACACAGACACACAACUCGCUAGGCCGGACGCAAUCGAACCAGCACUAUGGGAAAUAAUAAAGAAAACAAGUGUUAUUCCUGUGCCAUCCAGCUGAAGUGGUUCAUCUGAAAUAUUAGUUGUAAAAAAACUCAUUAUUGCUGCAUAUGAAAUUGAAAGUUGGCAUAACGCCAGUGUUCCACUCUGUAGAGAGAGGACUGCUUGAUGACACAAAGCCAAACUGUUAGAUUUUAAUUCAACAUAUGCAGUGCUACUUGAAAGUAUGUGAACCCCUUGUGCAAUUACAGAUUCUUUCAGUUUUUACCAUCAAAUCUUAAUUUAAUCAGAACCAGUCUUUUUGAUCUGACAUAACAGGUUUAUAUUUACCAAUACCAUAUGUUGGUGUAGAGGAAAUCAUGAGUAGUAGAAAAACAACAUUUAAAAAGGAAUUAGUGCAGGUGCAAAAAUAAGUGAAUUAAGUUGCAUUGGUUAAAUCAAGUAGGUAAGUAGAAUCAGGUGGGUAAAUAAUUAUCUACCAAAUGAACCAAUCAAAGGAGAGAUCGUUAGCAAAGAGUUUGGGCGGGACUCUGAUAAAUAGAGAUAAGAAACCUGGUCAGUUUGGUGUUACCCAUCCAGGUGAAUGCAAAGCACACCAUGCCGAUAGGAAAGGAGAUCUCAGAGGACAUCAGUCUGGGGAAGGCUAUAAAAUCAUCAAAAAAAUAUUUGAGCUCCAUCAGUCCACUGUGAGGCAAAUAAUGUACAAAUGGAGAGCAUUUAACAUGACAGCAACUCAGCCUAAAAGUGGACGCCCUUCCAAAAUAUCCCCAAGAGCUACAAGAACAAUAAUAAAUCAGGCAAAAGCCAUCCAAACAUAACAUCUAGAGAUUUGCAGACCUCCCUUGCUGCAUCUCAGGUAACUGUGCAUGCUUCAACAAGAAGAACACUGAAUCGAGGGUUGCUAGGAAGAAGCCUCUGCUGUCAAAAAAGAACCAAAUUGCCCAUCUUAACUUUGCCAGAGACCACCUGGACAAACCUGAAGAUUUCUGGUAGUCCAUUCUCUGGACCGAUGAGUCCAAAAUUGACGUUUUUGGUCACAAUCAACACUGCUAUGUUUGGUGAAAACCCAACACUGCCUACCACCAAAAUAACCUUAUCCCAACAGUCAAGCAUGGUGGUGGAAAUGUCAAGAUCUGGGGCUGCUUUUCCUCCUCUGGACCUGGACAACUCCACAUCAUUAAGGGAACCAUGAAUUCUGAGGUAUACCAGGAGAUUAUUGAACAGAACGUCAGGGCAUCAGUCAAGGAGCUAAAGCUGGGCCGAAAAUGGGUCUUCCAACAAGACAACGACCCAAAGCGUUCAAGCAAGUCUACCAAAGAAUGGCUCAGGAGAAAGAAGAUUUGUGUUUUGGAUUGGCCAAGUCAAAGUCCUGACCUAAAUCCAAUCGAGAUGCUGUGGCAGGACCUAAAGCGGGCAGUUCAUGCCAGACACCCCUCAAACCUCACUCAAUUGGCUGAGUUCUGUAAGGAGGAGUGGGCAAAAAUCCCUCAAAACAGAUGUCAGAGACUGAUUACUGGCUAUAGGAGAUGUUUAGUCCAAGUUAUUGCUGCUAAUGGAGGUGCCACAAGCUAUUGACUGAAGGGGUUCACAUUUAUGCACACAUCAAAUCUGAGUUUCUGUUAAAUAAACCACAUUGUUAAAUAAACAAUGAAAAUAUAUCUUUUUUUUUUCUUCUGUCAUUUACUUGGAAUGUAUUUUAUUACGAAUUGGGGUUUAGAUAAGGAAUUUAUGUUUAUUUUACUAUUUUAUAGCAAAACAAUGACCAGCCCUGUAGGGUUCACAUACUUUCAAGUAGCACAAUAUAUUCCACUGCACUGGAUCAAUGUUAUUUUUCUGAAUCGUGGCUUUCCAAAUGUGCAAGUUUGACUGAAUACCAGUUAAUUUCAGGAAAAUAUAGAUCUGUGUCUCCCAUAGGAAUACCAUACAGUUGCUUAGCUUAUGAAUAAUUGCAAUCCAUUAGGCUAUUUCUUGCUUUCGUUGCAUUUUUAUUGAGCUGCUGCAGAAAGGAAAAGCUUUUUCUUAUUUCACAAAACACAUUUAUCAGGGCCAACUUCAAUGAAAUCUAUGAAUAUGGGGGAGGUGUUUUGUGAGGGGAGGUUGUUCCCCUUUUCUACUUGUUGAACUGUUCUCUUGACUUCUUAUUAGCACUCCAUAGCAUGUUAUAUGCGUGGACAUGGUACUUCUCAGUGUUAUAUAUAUAUAUAUAUAUAUAUAUAUAUAUAUAUAUAUAUAUAUAUAUAUAUAUAUAUAUAUAUAUAUAUAUAUAUAUAUAUAUAUAUAUAUAUAUAUAUAUAUAUAUAUACAUACAUACAUAUAGGCAUAUAGUUAAGACUGGUGCAAGUUACACUUCUUUCUAAUUAAGGUGUGAAUUCUGUGAAAGCACACUCUAUGUAGUUUGAAGGUGCUGCUGUACAUGUAAGUGCCGCCUGCCUUUUGUUCCUGUUUCCACUAGCUGAGUGCACAGCAAAUUAGAACAGACUCAGAAUAGCCCUUUAUCCUCAGCAGUUCUAUGGUAGUAAAAUGAAAGAAAGCCUCUCACUUCAGGAAAGCAUUAAGACGGCGACUGAAGGCUUCAAGGUUUCCAUUAGGCCUGUCUUUCACUAUGAGCGUGCCAUGUGUCAGGUGUCAAUCAAUCAAUAUUCCAUCAUGCUUCAAACAUCUUAUUUUGAGGCAUUCCAUCAGUUGACUAAACAUGUUCUAAAAGUAAGGUAAUUUGUUUGGGACAGUAAUAUGACAAGCAAACAAUAUUCUCACUCAUUUUUGUCCAGGACUUCAGGUCAUGGCCAUAGAAGAACAUAUAGUAAUGUAAUAGAAUCCCUGGGCAUGAGAAUCAGUGCUUUGAAGUUAUGGUAUUUGGCUAUCCAAGGUCCUUGCCAUUGCCAGUCUCAAUCCUAAUAGUCUCUCUAUCUGUGUGUGUGUCAGGUAUGGGUGACCCCGCCUACUUCUACGUGACCUUUGUGUUCCUCCUCAACGGUCUGAUGAUGAGUCUGUUCUUCAUCUACGGGACCUACCUCAGGUAACUUAACCUUUACCCUCCUUUGAUUCUGCAUCGGUUAGGGUUCAGAUUAGGACUUUAAAGUCAUUUAGUCAGUUUAAUGUUCUAACAAAGACUGAUCAAAUAAGAAAACAUUUAUCUCCCUCCCUUCCUCUCUCUAGUGGCAGUCGGCUUGGGGGCAUGGUCACGGUGCUGUGUUUCUUCUUCAACCAUGGAGAGGUGAGUGUGUAUCGUACAGGACCGUGGAGGUAGACUGGUGAAGGUGGAGAUGGGGGAUGGAUACAAUGCAGGCAGCCAUCAAAAGGAGCUCUGUCUCAGCCAGUAUCAGAUGGGCUGAGUGGUUUCUCUAUUGUAUUCUUCACACCAAUAGAUACUGACAUUUCAAUCAUACUCUCAGCUCUCCUGUCUCCUCUCCCCAGUCCCCACCCACUUGUCUCCUUGGCCUUCUCAGUCUGUGCUGGUUUCAACGCAGAAGUGUGAAUGUAUCCGCAUCAUUAUUAUAGGAGCAUUGGUGCAGUGUGGGUUGUAGGAUGAUGACUAAAUGUACUGGAUGAGAUUACUGGAUGCAUCUUUAUGUACAAAUAGCUUUUCACAGUUGUCAUUGAUUGAUUGCGUAGCGGUACAGAAAAUCCCCUCCUACGCAACAAUGUGUUGUCGCAAAAUAAAGUGGGAUUGUGUGUUGUUUGUUUGUGUGUGUGUGUGUUUCUGUGUCCCAGAGCACCCGGGUCAUGUGGACUCCGCCCCUGAGGGAGAGCUUCUCCUAUCCCUUCCUGGUCCUGCAGAUGUUACUGCUCACCCACAUCCUCCGGUAACUCACAAUCCCUCCUUCCGCUCCUUUCUCCUUCCUUUCUCUCUCCUUCUCUGAUCAAUACUCUCUGGCUGCCUCGUGAUAUGGAAUGUAGAGCAGCGAUUCUCAACUGGUGGGUUGCGACCCAAAGUUUGGUCGCGGAAGCUUUUUGAUGGGACGAGUAAUGUUUGUUUUUUUUAAAUAAAAAAUACUCCAGUCUGAACUAAACCAGGUAGAAAGUGUGUAGAAAUGAUAAUGUACUUACAUAUUUUAAUAAUUUCAUCCUUGAAUUUUUUUUCUUAAAUCACAGUAUUUUCAAUAUAGAGCUAUUAGCAGCACUAUUUUGGUUGAUUUUGUGGUCUCAAGCCAGUGAGGUGACUUUAUUAACAUUUUUCAUCAAGAAUAUGGGCAAAAUGUAAUUAUUGACAAUGAACGAGGUAGCUGGGAAUGUUGUUCCCUUGUCAUAUAAUUGCUAUAUUAACUAUCAAUAUACCAUUCCUUUUUUUUUCAAGAUUGUAUUUUGGCGAUUCUUUUUCGCGAUACGAAUAUUGGGUCGCGACUGAGACAACCUAGUUCAAUUUGGGUCUGAGGAAAAACCAGUUGAGAACCACUGAUGUAGAGGAUAUUGAGUGCUCUGCAAUUGUUAUGAUCUCAAUUCAUUGUGGUCCAGAUAUCUGAUUUGUAAAGCUUGGUGUUGGUAAUACCAAGGUUGUUGGUUCCGUUCCCGCAUUGUUCACAUGGAGUCAGUGUUUGCUAUUUGACCAUGUUAACUUCUUCUCUAAAGCUGUCAGUGUGAGUGGAUGGUUUGGUGACUGAUACAUUCUAUCUAGAGGCAGCCUGAAUGGGAGUGUUAGUGUGUGCCUGUGUUAAUGGAUUUCCUUACCUCUCGCCUCCUGCCCUUUUCCACAUCUAUCUCUCCAAAGGACACGCAACCCCAGCAGAAAGGCCAUGUGGGCGCUGGGCAUCUCCAAUUUGUGCUUCAUGCUUCCCUGGCAGUUUGCCCAGUUUGUGCUGCUAACCCAGGUAAGAGAGAAACAUAGGGAAAGGUGGAGGCUGUGAGAGGGGUGGAGAAGAGGAAGACUGAGAGGGAUAGAGCGAAGGGACGCUGUGAGAAAAAGAGACUGAGCCAGGAGAAAGAGAGAUUGAGAGAGAGAGAAAGGGAGAAGAGUAGACCGGUAAAGGGACAUUGUAAGAAAUGGAGAAGAGGAUAACAAAAAAAGCAACAGACUGAAAAAGGAGGGAGGGUGUGAGACAGAUGGAGACAAAUAGACUCUGGAGGGGAAGCAGACAAAAGCGUCAAAGGUUAGUCUUUCACACUAAUGGGAUCUGCUGGCAUCUUUGCUUAGCAACAGCUUUGCUAUCAAGUAUCCCUCAGCUAGCUACAGUUCCCUAUCCUAAUCAGAUCCUUCUAUAUGGGGAUUUUACAACACACUGUAAUCUAAGUACUUAUUACAUCAAAUCAAAUUGUAUUUGUCACAUGCGCCGAAUACAUUCACCUUACCGUGAAAUGCUUACUUACAAUGUGUAUUGUCGUCGAAAGUAAGCAUGCACCCUUUCACUGUUGUGUUGUAGACACUACUUAUUGCUUGUGUUUACACGUUUGAGUACUUGUUUCAGGUGGCCUCUCUCUUUGCCUCGUACAUCCUGGGAUACAUCAGCCCCACCAAAAUGCAGUCCCUCCUAGUGACACACAUGGUAAAUGGAUUUUCUGGUUCCUAACUAACCUGUACUCGUGGCCGUGCAUCGUAAAACAGGGCUGUGCGUUCUGCCAAGGAGUGUGUUUAUCUGUGUGUGUGAUUCUGGCCGUAGCUACGUUACUCCUCCACCACAGUUCCAGCUCUCCUAAUCGUCUCAGCAACACAGGCUGUUAGCGUGGCUAGCAUAGCGGGCUGGGGCCAGUGUGCUGGGGAGAUAAGAGAAGAAUCCCUUUGUAUUAAGAUGAUGCUGAGAUUUGUGUCAUUGGAGGAGGAGAGAAGAAAGAGGACAUAUGGCUGUGAAUAAUUCAUCUGCCUGGCAAGAAGUGGCAGCGUGAAGAAAACGGGGACACACACAGGCUUGUGUCCUCGACGACCUACAGCAUUGUUAAGCCCACUUUGGCUGAAACAAGUUUGGUGUGUCUGUGUGCCAUGACAACAGUAAAAAAAAAAAAAAUAAUUCACACACUCUUUUCAUAGUCCCAGUCGGUAUUCGAUAGAACGUCGCAGCCCUGCCCACCUGUGGGGAAAACAACCUGUGGUUACUUAGGUUACCCCAUUGGCUCACAGCAAAAAUGUAACCUUUUUCAAAUGCAAUUUCCUUGUUGUCAACCUGUUUUAGUCAAUUACAAAACUACAUUUAAGAAAAGCACAUUAUGUCUAAAGAUGACUUUUCAACAUUGCCUGCUCCCGAGUGUUCUCACUACUUAGAAACACAUAAUAUUGUAGAGCUUCCCUCAUGUCUGUUUUCAUGACAGUGCUAGCAGCCACAUGAGUGCUACUGACCGGCUACCGACCAGAACAUUAAGCUAGCCAAGACCAACAACACAAACAAACAGACUAUAACGGACUAUGCAGCUACAAAUAGUAGCAUUAAGACGGUGACUGAAGGCUUCAAAAAUACUCUACUAAACAAGUUAAAUGUCUUACCUGUGAUGAAAUGUUUUCCACACACAUACUGUAGCUAUGUGUCGCUUACUUGGACACUGGGUCCCCACAUUUCCCACACUGAAUAGCCUGAAGCCAUAGGGCUCUUCUCGCUCUAUUUCCCUACCUGGAAGCAUUGCGAACCGUAGGUCGGGAUUUUUGACCUGGUUACAUGUAUAAUGAGCAACACAGCAGCUUUUCUGCAUUUUUUUAUUUAUUUCUGUAUACAAAAAAUCUAUGACGAAGUUGUCUCUUUUACCCCGGGGGUCAAUGGGAAAUGAUGUUUAUUUUCCCCAAUUUGUGGGUGUGGUCGAGGGGAAUUCCUUAUUAUUACGUGAAUAUCGACUCGGACUAUGUCACCAAACUUCUUUGCACCCGAUUCCAUCUCCAGAUCACACUUGCUGUGUGCUUUGUUCUGAUGUUCGGGAACUCCAUGCUGCUGACAUCAUUCUACGCCUCCUCGCUGGUAUCCAUCUGGGUGAGCUGGACUAGCACUCUCCUCAUGCUUUCAAUGUGUAGAGGAUGUGUCUUAUGUUAAGCAUGGUGUGAUGUUGAAAAUGGUAUGGUGUAGAAAUCAGUUCCUUCCUGGUUGCAGGGAAUAAUCACCCUGCGGGACAAAUUUGCAGAAGCCUUCAAACCUGGCCUCAUCACAUGGGUAAGAGCACAUAAGUGUGUGUGAACAUGUUUAACUUUACUUGUGGGGACCAGAAGUCCCCACAAGAAUGUUAAACAAACAAAAACUGGGGACCUUUUCCCCAGAAGGAAAAAGGCUAUUUCUAGGGGGUUUAGGGUUAGAAUUAGUGUUAAGGGUUAAGGUUAGGUUUUGGGGUUAGGAAAAAUAAGAUUUUGAAUGGGAAUCAAUUGUGUGUCCCCACAAGCUUAGUAAAACAAGACUGUGUAUGUGCGAGGGCACGUGUGUGUUUCCUGGUUGACCUGUCUGUCUGCUCUCAGGUCAUGCAGGGCCUGGUAUGGGUCGUCUCCACGGUCAUUCUCAAGUUCAUGCUGUCAGCCAUCUUUGGAGCCUCUGAUGAUGUAAGUCUUUCAAAAUAGUAUUGUGCAUUUGAAACAACCUAGCUAUAUUGCCUUACAUUUUGGUGCCCUUUUCUGGAAGAAUCACUGUGCAUUUUGAAACAAGCCGUCACUCAGAAGUAUGAUAGUAAUACAAGUAAAUAGGAAUAUGCAAACUAUUUGAAAUUGCAGCUAUUUUUACAACAAUUUCUCUCUCCCAGGCUCACAUCAGUAGCUUAAUAAAGUCCAAGUUCACCAGCUACAAGGACUUUGACACCAUGAUGUAUACCUGUGCUGCUGAGUUUGACUUCAUGGAAAUUGAGGUAUGAAAGACACUAUUGGCCAUAUUUGGCAAAGCAACAUGGUACUAGUGUUAGAAGGGAUCCUUUCAUAGUAUUUGGCAACUAAUUUUGUAAAGGUCAUGUAGUGUGUGUGUGUGUGUCAGAAAUAAAUGUUUUUCUCCAGUCGAUAUGAUGUGUGUAACAUUGCUCUUCUCAGACCCCACUGCGCUACAUCAAGACACUGCUGCUUCCCAUCAACAUGCUGGUGGUUGCUGUCAUAGCAGGACGGGUAAGACUUCAUUUGUGUACCAUACACCAGGCACUCCACACAAUCCACUGUUAGAGAACAAGGCAGGCAUCCUUGAAAUGUCAUUUCUCCCGUUCUGCUUUUGACAUGCCUGUUGAGCUCAGUUUGUCAUAUUUGAGGCAGGCUUGAAGGAAACGGCAAGAGAAUUAUGUUCCAAAAAUAUUCAAGAAUCUCCUCGAGCGUGUCCAAAUGUGUCCGUUUGAUCUAAUUGUGUGUCAAUGCAGAAUCAAUAACACAGAGUGGCGCAGCGGUCUAAGGCACUGCAGUGUUUGAGGCGUCACUACAGAUCCGGGUUCGAUCCCAGGCUGCGACCGGGAGACCCAUGAGGCGACGCACAAUUUGCACAGCGUCGUCCGGGUUAGGGGAGGGUUUGGCCGGCCGGGAUGUCCUUGUCCCAUGGCGCUCUAGCGACUCCUGUGUUGGGCCGGGAGCAUGCACGCUGACACGGUCGCCGGUUGUACGGUGCUUCCUCCGACACAUUGGUGUGGCUGGCUUCCGGGUUAAGCGAGUAGUGUGUCAAGAAGCAGUGCGGCUUGACAGGGUCGUGUUUCGGAGGAUGCAUGGCUCUCGACCGUACAGGAGUUGCAGCGAUGGGACAACAGUAACUACCUAUUGGGGAGAAAAAGGCGUACAACUAAAUAAAAACUGUCACAAAAAAUGACAAGUGCCAUUUUUUAUUCUGCUUGACUUGCUUUGCAAGUGAAGAACUGGAGGCCUUCUAAAUAGUGAUUUUAUAGAGCGAGAGGAGCAGCAGCAGCAACAAGAGAAAAGGGUUGAGGAAUUCAAAAGUUUGCACGCAAAGGCCCAACCAUAACAAGGGAGAGAAAAAGAGAGCUGGAUGUAGCAUUUUUUGAAAUGAUUUUCAUGGACUAUGAACCGCUGAGUAAAGGAGAACGCGAAGGGAUGCAACACUUCGCCAGCGCAGCUCAACCGGGCUACACUCCCCCAAGAAACUAUGAUAAAUCAGUACUUUACUUUGUCAAAUUUACAUCUGAGAUGCCCCAUUCACAUGCUUCAGCUGGCGAUCAAAAACGCCGUUAACAAGCACGACAACAUUAAUAGGCUGUUAGUGAAAGUCGGGCACCUGGUGAAAAGUGUACGCAAGAGCACAGAGGAAACCGACCAAUUAGGUGUCCGCCCCACAAAUGCCUGCGCCAUUCGAUGGAGCAGCCAGCUGCGGAUGAUUCAGUCGUUCAUCCGGUUGUUCCAAAAAGACCCGUUAUGGUAAAACAAACUCAAGUCUAAUGUUGCUAACAUCACCCUGAAUCAAGUACGGCAGCUGACGCACCUUGUCAGUGUGCUGACACCACUAGCAGACCUCACAGACAAAAUGCAGAAGGAGCUGGGGAACCUGGGGAUGAUCCUCCCUGCUGUCACAGAAAUCAAAUCCCUGCUCACCGAUUACACUCACGCUGCACUUCCAAUGGGCAUCGCUGCUUUUGCAGAAACAUUGGCAAACAACGUGUCAAUUCGCUAUGGAAUAUACUAUACUGAUUAACAUCUCAUUUUAGCGUCAGUGUUAGAUCCCCGUUUCAAGACAGAAUGGAUAAUCCGAGAUGAGUCUGUAUGCAACAAAUUCGGGGAGAUAAAGUAAGGCUGUGGUUUAAGCUAAAAGUGAAAUACAUGCAGAUUUUGUUCCUUUUUUGGAGUGAGCGGGGGGCGAUUUGAGUGGAGCGCGAUGCAAACUGCGUUGAGCGCUGAGCGAUAAUGAGCGGACUGGCCUGAUGUGGCUUAACUGGUAAAAAUUGAAAUGGUUAAUUGUUUGAUAUUUGCUGUGAGUAUGCUCGCUGUUAGCAUAUAAUAGAAGGCGGAGUCAUCCUGGUCAACGUUAUAUCCCUUCUGAGGUUUGCCUUUUUUAUUUGUGACACUGUUUGUCCAUUCUCCUACUCUGUACAGACGAUCCAGGAUGUUGUGAGGUUCCUGAGGGAAGGAGAGAAGUAUUCUGUCAAACCUGAUGACGACGACGACGACGAAGAGUGAGUAUCUUUCCCUCUGUCCUCUCUCUGUUGUAAAACUCACCCUCUUAACAGCACAAGUCAAAAGGCAAACCUGUGUGCAUUUUGCCCGUUCAUUCUUAUAAAGACAACACAACUUGACAUUUUGACAACUUUUUCAAAUUUUUCACAGGCCAGAAAUGUUAGCAAAAGGAGAGGUAAGCAAGCAUCCUGAUUUCCCUGAAUGUUACUGCUGUCUCAUCAUGUCAUAUGAUUCAAGCCUUCUUUUUUCUUAAAUGCGGUAAUGUUAAUCUGCUUCAGCUAUAAUAGUAAUGAUCUUCUAAGUGAUUUUCAUUACCUGCAUACAGAGGCAAUUUUCUCCUGCCAGUUAAAUUGUUCUCGCUUUAUUACCAGUUCUAGCUCAAACCAUUUCUUUCUCUCGCUUCCUCCAUCCAUCCCUCCCCCAAUCUUGUUCACUCCCUGUGGCCUUAAACCCUCAUUCUCUACCUGGGCUCUUAAUCUCUCUCUCUCUCUCUCUCUGUUUCUCUCUCUUUCUCUGUCAUGGUCUCAGCUGGUGUACCACAGCCUACAGUUGAUAGCCUUUGCAGUGCUGGCGAUGCUCAUCAUGCGUCUCAAGCUCUUCCUCACGCCCCACAUGUGCAUCAUGGCCUCCUUGAUCUGCUCCAAACAGGUCAGUCCCUGACUCGACUCAACACAACACCACUCAACAUGACACGACACCACUCAAUGCAACACGACUCAACACAACAGGACUCAACACAACACGACUCAACGCGACUCAAUGAGAUUCAACACACCACAACACAAUUAGCACUGACACCACACAGAUACCACAGAGUACAUAACGGUACCAAAGAUAGAUCACAACACCACUACCACCACAGACCUUGCUCAUGUGUUGUCUGUCUGUGUGUCAGUUGUUUGGCUGGAUAGGGGAGAAGUUCAAGCUCCACAUGAUGGUGUUUGGCAUCCUGUCCAUCAUGGCCAUGCAAGGGGCGGCCAACCUGCAGGCCCAGUGGGGCAUCAUGGGAGAAUUCAGCAACCUACCCCAGGAGCAGCUGCUGGACUGGAUCAAAGACAGCACCCGGCCCAGUGAGUGAUGUCAUCAUCCUACGCCUGAAACCAAAGCCCCUGGCGCUCAAAACAAAAUAAUAGUUUAAAUCAUUCUAAAUGGUGUCCUUCAUUAUGGAAUUGACUGAUCUGACUAGGUUGGAUUGGUGAAAGCAAUUGGCUGGUAACCUCACUUUCAUGGAUCCAGUCCCUUUCAGAUCAGUGAUCAUGACCCAUGCCUUUGUGGACUCUUCUCUUAGAUGUUUUGUUUUGUGUGUGGUGCAGACGCUGUGUUUGCUGGAGCCAUGCCCACCAUGGCUAGUGUGAAGCUGUCAGCCGGCCGGCCCAUCGUCAACCACCCACACUACGAGGACGCUGGACUGAGGUGUGGACAUAGCUAGUACAGUAGUAUCAAUGUUAUGUGCCAGGCUAACAACCAAUUCAGCGUUGUCUAAACGUUGUUGUGGUCUGUUCCACUCAGAGAGAGGACCAAGCUGGUGUACGCCAUGUACAGCCGCAAGUCUGCCGAGGUGGUGAAGAGGAACCUGAUGCAGCUGGAGGUGGACUACUUCGUCCUGGAGGACUCGUGGUGCACCCGGCGCUCCAGGUAACCCUGGGUGGCCUUCCCGUCAGUAACCCACUGCUGUUUACACUGUCAUAUGCUCUUGUGACAUUGUCAACAAGUAAUUCCUGUCAGUGCAGGGCAUUUUUCCAACUCACUCUGAAAUGACUCUGAAUUGAACUGAACCCAAUUCUGCUGCAAAGUGACCUUUUGAACAGUCUGUUUCGCAGCCAAUCAAUCACACAAUGUUUUUGUUUAGUUUGUUUCUUUGCUGAAAUAUUUUCUCUUUCUCUGCCCCCCUCUUUCUCCCUUCCUGGCUUUCUCUGUGCUCUCCCCAGGCCUGGCUGCAGUAUGCCUGAGAUCUGGGACGUGGAGGACCCUCAGAACGCUGGGAAAGUCCCCCUCUGUACGCUCAUGUCCAGGGACUCCAGGCCCCACUUUACUACCGUCUUUCACAACAACGUUUACAAAGUCCUAAAAGUUCCCAAAGCAGCUAAAGACCUCAGAUAACAGCAGGGUCGGCCUGUUUUUGGUGCUACCUUCUAGUAUUUCCACCGGCUCCGGCCUGGUGGUGUUUUUAUAUAGUUCCUUUUCCUGUUGGUCUGUCUCCCUUUGGAGGUACCACUGCCACAGCUGCGUUUUACGUCUCCCUUUUCUGAGGCUCUGUUAGAACAGUGGACUGAUAUGAUGGGCUAGAUUAGAGUCCCCACUUGUGUUGUAUAAGCAUUUAAUUUAAUUUGGUUUUAUGCAAGCUUAUACUGAAAGUUGUUCUUAAAGACUGAAUUCAUUUUAUUUGAGUGUGUAUUAGUACAUUUUGGAUGUCAGGCAUAUUUAGUUUUCGUACUUUUAUGCCCUUUUUUUGCAUAUUAAGAAUUGUCAGUAUUUAGACAGUGUUAUUUUUUUUCCACUGCUGUGUGUUUUAUAAUUGUGUUAUUUGCCAAAGCAAAGUGUAGUUAGUAUAACUACUGGUGUUACAGCUGCAAGUGUCAGGUUAAUGUAGCCCACCUGAAAUGACCUUUAAGAGAAGCGGAAUAUAAUCAUCUGCAAACUGAUUUUUUCCAACAACCCAUUGCAACUUGUAGCAGUGCAUUAUUUUAAGCAUUAGCGUAAUGACCUACCACCAAAUAUCAGUGGUUUAGGACCCUGUAUUGACAUACAGAAAACACUAGAGAAUAUUAGGCAUCUUUUGGAGUUGUUAGUCAUUGUGCCAAUUUAGCGUCAUUGCUUUGUACUCCACCACACAGGAAGUUACGUCAUGAAUUUGUAGCCUUUUUUGCACCUCAAAAAGUGGCCUUUGCACAUGUCACAACAGCAACAUAUUCGAAUUCGACAAUGUAUUAUGACUCAACACUUUUUUAAAUUUAUUAUUUGAAUUGUAACGCACUUGCGGUUACUUCCCCAUAGCUGUGAAAGACUACGCCACUCUGUGGACUCCACUUUACACUCUAUAGCACUGGUGUGCUCUACCCACUUAAAACCACUUUCUCCUUUUGUGACUGUGAAAGUCCCUUUGCCACUCUGAUGAGGUCAAGGGUCAAACAGGAGAGUGCUCCGGAGCUCCGCUUAACCGGAGUGUCCUUGUCAUAAUCCCUGUGACUCACUCUGCCUUUUACCAGUGUGGCAUUGAAGUUACUUACAACAACCCCAGUGUAAUCAUUCCAGUGUAAAAGCUACACUAUUGUUGGGUAAAAAUCAUCUCACCAAUACAGGUGAGGCUUUUUAGCAAUAAGCAUAGUUAGUUACUCUUCAAGACUUUGUUUAAUGUUUAUACAUUUAAUACAACAUUCAGCAAUUGUAAUAGUAUCAAGUAACGGUUUCAAUUAAAUGCAAGGUGAAAGCUAGAAGUUUAUUUCAAUGUAUUCUGCUAUUUCUGUGACUGUUCACGAAUAGCACUGCAGGUGCUUAUGGGGUUUUAUUUUUUGUUAUGUCCAAGAUAUACUGUAAGGUACUGAAGUGAUCUUGAAAGCAAAGUGCCCGUUUUUAGUGGUUGGGCGGUGACCACACAACCUGAAAUAUUUUGACAUCACCAAUUUGAGUGACGUCAACAUUUCUAGUGACAGGCCUAGCUUUGUCUAAUGCUUGUCUAUUUCAUCUGUAUUUUGAAAAUAAAAUGUUUAUCAGCAUC